AUGAACUUCUCAUCGGGAAUCAAAUUAUUACCUAGAUCCAUAAAUAUCACCCAGAAAAAGCUACUCUUAUUUCCUUCAAAAUUUAUAACACCUAAUUAUAAUAUUAAAAGGUUUUUAUUAACCGGUAGCAAUGAUAUAUUAGUCAAACCAACCGAGAUAUUAGCAACCACCCCAAAUUUUAAAUUGACCAAUUUUUUAAAAAUUAGUGAGAGGGCAAGCAAUAGACUAAACGAAAUAUACAACGGUGGUGCCAACAACAAUCACAUAUCCACAACUGCCAACCACAAUAAAGAAAUUAUGAAUAUUACUGUCGAAAGUGGUGGAUGUCAUGGUUACCAAUACAAUUUAAAACUAAUAUCUGAAAAGGAAAUAUUAACAGAAGUGGACAACUGGUAUCCUAUUGAAAAUUAUCAGGAUUUAGUAAACCUUUGUACCAAAAACAACAAAGAUCCAGUUGUCGUUGAACAUGUCACUACAAAUGAAACAUCAGAAAGCACAAUUGCACAGGAAGAAAAAUCAGAUGAUGAUGCAGAAGAUGAUGAUGAUUUUGGAAAUGAAAAUAGUAUUUUGUUUGUACUACCUUCCAAAGCCAAAAUAUGCAUUGACACUAAAUCCCUUAGUAUUUUAAACAAUACUGUACUAAUAUACAGUACGGAAUUGAUCGGUUCAAGUUUUAAAAUACAAGGUGGUGGUAUGAAGAGUAGUUGCGGUUGUGGUAGUAGUUUUGAUAUUUGA